GUCAGCCGCCGUUGUCGUCAAAUUUUAUCGGCGCAGGUCUCUUUGUUUGCCGCUGCAUCAUCUUGCAAAAAUAGUUUUUGUGUUUUUUUCUUAAAUUUGCAAAUUAAUCAAAUUUUUCAUAUUAAUUUUUAUACUUAAAAAAUUUAAAAUUGUACUAUUAUUACUUAAAUCAGCGAAAAGUUAAGCAAUAAAAAUCCAUUCAAAAUGUCUUUUACACUAGACAAUUACAAAUUAAGCUGUGAGCUUUUGGGUCACAGUAUGGAUGUACGUUCUAUAGCCACGGGAGCUACGCUGGCGGAAGGUGGCCAAAUGAUUAUUUCGGGUUCGAGAGAUAAAACUACCAAAUUGUGGAAACCUUUAGAUGAAGGCUACAUUGAAGCGGUUACACUGCAGGAUCAUAAAAACUUUGUGGCCUGUGUAUUUUACUGUGAACGAGAACGUUGGUUAUGUACGGGCAGUAAUGACGCCACGGUGUGUAUAUAUCAGGAGAAUAGUUUAUUGCCCAUACUCACUUUAAAGGGCCAUGAGUCCACGGUGUGCUCCAUAGCAUCUGGUGUUGAACCUCAGACUCUGAUUACUGGCAGUUGGGAUAAAACGGCACGUAUUUGGUCCAUUGAUCAGGAUGGUGGUAUUACUUUUGUAGAACUAAAAGGACAUGAAGCCGCCGUUUGGGCAGUGGCUUCUAUGGCGGAGAGUAAGAAGUAUAUAACCGGUUCUGCCGACAAGAAUAUAUUUUACUGGAAUGCCAAAGGCGAAAAAUUACGCAUGCUCAAAGGUCACACUGAUUGUGUUAGAGGCAUAUUGCCGUUAAGCAAUGGUGGCCUAAUAUCAUGUGCCAAUGAUGCCAUUAUACGUGUGUGGAAUGAAGAUGGUGAAUGUGUACAGCAAAUGAGUGGUCAUACUAAUUAUAUUUAUGCUGUAGCUCAACAAAAAGCUUUAGCUCUGGAUUGUGUGGUAUCCUGUGGUGAGGAUAGCUCCUUGCGCAUGUGGAAUAUAACAACCGGACAAGAAGUGGGAGCCGCUCUAAUACAUCCAGCUCAAUCUGUAUGGUCUGUGACAUGUCUAAGUAAUGGUGACAUUGUUACGGGCAGCAGUGAUGGUGUGGUAAGGGUGUUUACCAAAGAUCCUCAGCGUAUGGCCAGUGAAGCCGUGCUAAAAGCCUAUGAAUUGGCUGUGGAAACUAGAAAACAGCAAAUGUCCGAAGAACUAGGAGGUGUAAAAAAGACUGACCUGCCGGGACCGGAAGCUUUACUUACUAAUGGCACGCGUGAAGGACAAACAAAAAUGGUUAGACAUGCUGAUGGUUCGGUUAAAUGUUAUAGUUGGGAAUUAGGCAAAUGGAAUUUAGUAGGUGAUGUUACCGGAGCUUCAGGCGGAUCUCAAGCUUCAUCGGGUAAAUCUUUAUACGAGGGCAAGGAAUAUGACUAUGUAUUUUCUGUGGAUAUAUCCGAUACUGAGCCUCCAUUAAAAUUGCCCUAUAAUCGUGGUGAAGAUCCUUGGCAUUCAGCUCAAGCCUUUAUACAUCGCAACAAUUUACCUCAGGUUUAUUUAGAUCAAGUGGCCAAUUUCAUUAUUAAAAAUGCUGAUAGUGCACCAGUACAAGUUAAUGCUACCACUGGCGCCUAUCAGGAUCCAUUUACUGGUGGCAACCGUUAUGUACCCGGUUCGAGCAAUAGUAACUUUCAAUCAACCGGUAAUGCUGAUCCCUUUACCGGAGGUUCGAGUUACACCACUGCCGCCGCUAAUCAACCAAAAGUCGACGUGAAUUUUGUUAAAGGCGAUAAACAUUUUCCCAUUAGCACAUAUUUAACUUUUGAUAAUUGUGAUCCUUCGAAAGUUUUGGAAAAACUCAAAGAAUUUAACAAUAAACUGCCAGCAACCAACGAAAAAGUAUCUGAUAAUCUAUUAGAAUCUGUCAUAAGAUUAACGGAUGCUACCCCAGACGUGGAUCAAACUGCUAUUGAAGCUUUGCAGAUAUUAUUAAGAUGGCCAAGUGAAUUACUAUUUCCCGUUAUCGAUAUUGUUCGUCUGGCCGUACGAAGUGAAGCAGUGUUUUCUCUACUAAAUUCUAUGAAUUUUCUAGAUGCUUUACUUCAACACUUAACCACUUCAGUUCCCAAUCAGUUAAUGAUAAUACGCUGUUUGGCCAAUAUAAUGAAACAUGAGGCGGGCAGGCAACAGGUAGACAAACGCUUGGCUCCCUUAAUUGAGCAUAUUAAUGGCAUUAAAUCUGGAAGCAAUAAUUUACAAAUCGCUAUAGCAACAUUCUAUUUAAAUCUAACUACAACUCAGACCACGGCAGUGGCAAAUGGUGAAAAAUGUCGUAUGGCCACUGAGGGUUUGGUCGAGUUUCUAAAAUGGGCCACCGAUUUGGAGGCCUGUUAUCGUUCCAUGCAGGCUAUAGGUAAUUUAACUACCACACCUUUUGGUCAGGAGGCCUCGGCAUUAGUCAUAUCAGUUGACUAUGUUAUGGACAAACUAAGAGAGCUAACGAAUACACCACAGGCUGGUGUCUUUGCUAAAAUUAAUUCUGCUGGUACAGCAUUAUUAGCAGCAUUCUAAGGGCAGCUUCCCUAGUAUUCCCAUGAAAGUGAGGAAAAUGAAUACCAAUUGUAGCUUUUUGAAUAUUUUUCUUAUAUUUUCAAGUAAUCGUUUUAUGCCCAUAUUUAAACAUCAACCUUAUAUUAUAAUCAUCUUAUUAAAUUGGUUUAACUAAAUUAAAUAAAAACAAAUUAAUAAUA